CGCGGGGGGGGGGCGUUGCUGGCAGAAGAAUUGGCCUGGAUUGGAGUGGGGGGGAGAGUGCGGUAGCAGCUUUUUCUGGGGUGUUCCUGUCAGAUAACAGGGAGGGACUGUUCUGUUGAAGGAGUCGAUGUGGGGUUGAAAGGAGCAAUGGGGGAGGUAGGAGUCCAUUCAUAAAUAGUGGGGGGGGGGAAUAGACGCUGUUUGAGGAUGGCAAUGAUCCUCAUCCACGAUCAGUUUGAUAUCGAGUCACCAUUAGUCAAUUUUCAGCUAAUCAAUAUCACUGUUGCCAUGCGAUUAGAAGGAGGGGCUGGCCUUGGGGUUGUCUGUGUGGAUGGGAUGGGAUGAAAGAAAUCCUCCUUAAAGAUGGAUUGUUGAAAGAUCUAAUUUGGAGAAAGAGAUGAAAGGUCAGCAUCAGUUUGGGAAGAGGCUGGAAUUGUUUGCACCCCUCCUUGAUAAAUUCUGGGGGCAGAGUGUAAAGUUCUUUUGUUGUGAGGAGGGUCUCCUUGCUGGGGGGAUGGGACAAGCAGCCCCCUCUAAAUUGUCAGACUUGGCGCUUAGCAUUACAGGGGAGAUGGAACAUCAGUCUUGUCUAGAGAAGUGCAUACUGAGGUCCAUUUUAUGACGAGGGACACGUAGGGCCUGUUAUCCGCUCUGGUAAUGACGGAGGCUCAAUUCUUCCCCCUUGCUUUGCAGGCUCCACAAUCCCACCACACCAUGCAAGUAGCCGAGGAUGCCUGCACACAUCUGGAGGAUGAGUUGCUCUUCUGUGAAGACUGCCGCCUUUAUUUCCGGGAUUCCUGCCCACAGCACGGACCCCCCACCUUCGUGGCGGACUCGCCAGUUCCAGAAAGGGCUCCAUCCCGGGCACUGAUAUCCCUGCCUGAGGGACUUGUGGUCAAGGAGCGCCCCCAAGGAGGCUUUGGGGUCUGGAGUGCCCUUCCAGCCCUGCCUCGUGGCUGCAUCUUUGGGCCCUUCGAGGGGGAAGUGGUCCGGGAGCAUGGCAACUGCACCCUUUAUUCCUGGGCGGUGCGGGACAAUGGCUCCUAUUUCUUUGUCGAUGCAUCUGAUGAUUCCAAAUCCAACUGGAUGAGAUAUGUGGCAUGCGCCUCCACUGAAGAAGAGCAGAACCUGACGGUUUUCCAAUACCGGGGGUACAUCUAUUACCGGGUCUGCCAAAACAUACCUGCCGAUACUGAGCUGCUAGUGUGGAUUGGAGAAGAAUAUGCCCGCACCUUGGGGUUGCGCUUGGGUGAGCACUUUAAGUAUGAAUUUGGCGAGAAGGAGCUGCUGAUGAAACUCUUCCAAGAGCUGCACCUCAAGACCCCAUCGUCGCCUCCAGCUCCCCACGCCCCUUCCUCGCGAACCCAGUAUCUGUGCGGAGAUGCCACUGCCUCUUCCCUGCUCCCUCUUCACAAGCCAGGCCUCCCGCCGGGAGGAAACGCCUUCCCUCUUCUGGAAGGGACACAGAACCUGGUCGGGUUGGGAAGGGCUCAAAGCCGCUACUGGACUUUCUUUGGGUUCCAGGGGGAUGCCUACGGCCGCAUUCUGGACAAGAGCAAGAUCAUCUGCAAGCUGUGCGGGGUCCGGCUGAGCUACAGCGGCAACACCACCAACUUGCGGCAACACCUCAUCUACAAGCACCGUUGCGAGUACAACCAGCUGGUCGGGACACAGACCACCGCCCUCGACAAAGGGGUCGCAGGGGCAGGAGAGUUUGGAAACCCCCGGCCUCCUGCCCCUGGCAGAACCACGCGGGCAGUGGCCGAUUUCAUUGUGCUGGACUUGAUGCCCGUGGAGGUGGUGGAAGGGGAAGGGUUUGGGCAGAUGCUGGGGGUCCUGGACCCCAACUACAAGCCCCCAGAUGCCACCUCCCUGGCGCACACCGUGCUCAAGGACAUGUACGGCCAGGUCAGGGGGAAAAUCUGGGAGCUGGUGCGGGUCUUGGCCCAGUGCUCCCUCAGCUUGGACGUGUGGCGCCACAGCAACACGCUCACCUACCUCACGCUCACCGUGCAUUAUGUAGACGACUGCUUCGAAGCCCGGGCCCGGGUCCUCUCCAGCCGCCCGGUCCCCGAGGAGCCGAGUGCCGAGAGCCUGGUGGAGGCUCUUGCUGAAGCGGUCAAGGAGUGGGGGGUGCGCGAGAGCACCUCGUACACCGUCGGAGGCCUCCACCCUGCCACCCAGCAGGCAGCUGCCGCGCUCGGCUGGACGGCCCUGCCUUGCAUAGGGCAGGCCUUGAGAGCAGCCAUGGAGGCUGUGCUGAGCCAGUCGGCCGCCCAGAGUGCAUUGGAGCGGCUCCGGCGCUUGGCCUCCUGGGCCUUGGCUGGGGCCGGCCGCCACGAGAAACUAUGGACUCAGGAGCCCCUCCUGCAAGCACACCUCAGCCGCUUCCUGAGAGAUGGGGGGAAGUGGCACAGCAUCUACGUGGUCCUGCAGGGCCUGCUGGAGCACAGUGAGCCUCUGGCAGGCCUCGGCCCAGACGGGGAGGUCACCCUGCGCCCUCAGGACUGGGCCGCCCUGCAGGAUACCGUCAAAGUCCUCAAGCCCAUGGCGAUUGCUACCUCAACGUUUACCAAAGAUCCCUUUUCCAGCCUGUCCCUCGUCAAGCCUGUGCUGACCAGCCUCUUGUACAAGCACUUGGUGGCUAGCGAGUGGGACUCGGCCCUCGCCCUCGAUGCCAAAGCAGCCGCCCAGAAGGAGCUGAGCCAGCACUUUUCCAACCCGGACGUCAACCAGGCCCUCAACCUGGCCUGCGCCCUGGACCCCCGCUUCCGCGGCCUCGACUUCCUGAGCCACUCCGACCGGGUGGAGACCCUCCACUUGCUCAAGACGGAAGCGUCGCGCCUCGCCGAAAUGCCCGCCGUGUUGACCUCCAGCCUGCCUGACGUGGCCUCACCGCCGCCGCCCGCCAAGCUGCCGAAGCAGGACGCGGGCAUUGAGUUCCUGCUGGGAGACCUGUGCAGCAUGCGCAGCGCCUCCGGCAUCAGCUCCGCGCAUCAGCAGGCCGAGCAGGAGACCGCCAGCUUCCAGACCAGCAAGGCGUCUGCCCUUGGCCAGGAGCCUCUGCAGUGGUGGAAGACCCACCACACCCAGUACCCGCUGCUGGCUCGGGCUGCCCGCAAGCUGCUUGGUGUGCCCGCCACCUCGGUGCCUGCUGGCUGGCUCUUCAGCAGUGCUGGCGACGCCAUCCAGACUAAGCGCCAAGCCCUGACCCCCGAGCAUGUCGACAUGUUGGUGUUCCUCCAUGGCAACCGAGCCAUGCUCUAUUAGGACCCAGAGGGGAGAGAGGGGAGGUCAGCAAGGCCUUCGCUUCCUUCCUUCAGCAGAAUCUGAGGUCCCUUCCCAAACAAGGGUUUGAAAAAGGUGGGGAAAGUGCUUCCAAAUCUCCUCUCCCGACCUCCCUUUUGCCAGAGGCGCAAAUCACACUGACCCUCCCUGAGGGAGAGGCAUGGUCUGUGCUGUGUGUAUAGGAGAGAGGAGUGGGAAGAAAGAAGCAGGACAAACCAUUCUGUGUGUAUGGGGGUGUGCAACUGUUCAUGAGAGGAAAAUAAUCAGGAGUAAAAGAUACCGCUAUAGUAGUCAUAUUGGGAGAAUAGGAAUAGUCCAUUUUGUGGAGGGGGGGAAUUCUGAGGACAGAAAUAGCUCAUGAGGAACACAUGAAAGAGGAGGGAGGGCUAAAGUACAGGAAUAUUCCAAGUGUGCAAGUUGGGGGGGGGGAGCAGAUAUGAGGAAGUAUUAAUAUAAAAUGAUGUAUGUCACUUUUUGGUGCCCAAGGUAUAUUGCAGUCCUUUUCUUAUUAUUUGGUUCAGAUUAGAGACACACGGCACAGGAUAGGAAUGGCCCAUUACAGGGAAGGAGGGAUGGAGGGAGCAUUUGAGGACAGGAAUGGCCCAUUGUAAAGCAGGGAAGAACACAGCAGAGGUGGAGCUGGAAUAUUCCAUGUGUGCAGAGAACAUGUGGAGCUCUAACUACAGAAGAAUCCAGGGAGGAAAACCAGGGCUUGUGGGUGGUAGGAUGGAGACAACUAGAAUCAAAAGGUGGGAAGCCACUUCAAGACAGGAGUAGCUCGUGUACAAGAGAAAAAGGAGACCAUGACGUAGAAUAUUCCAAAUGAUUUGGAUUGCAAUUACCCAGUAUAUUGGGUGGGGUGUAUGAAAGUGGAGGCUUGGGAGGGUUUGGAGGGUGAUGCAUAUUCUUCAAAGUUAAGUGUUCUGGUCUCCCACCAUCCUGGAAAAUUAAACUUCAGGGGCAAAUGUUUUCUGUGGAUGGGAGUGUUAGUGGUUUAGCAUUUUAAGGAACAUUUAGGCAGAGGUUUAAGCAGUUGAUAUGCAGACCAUGUAGGGUUGCCAACAUUUCAUUACCAGGACACAAGUUUGUGGGGGCUGGGUGGGAUGGGAGGUGUAUGCAGUGGUAAUCAAGAGCCUGAGUAUCACUGACAUAUAUGUAAGUGAGUUAUAUGCUAUUGAAUAAAUGAGGGUGAAAUGCUGUCCCUAUAGGGACCAACACUUCAUCCCUGAAAUGAGGGACAUCCUGCGUCAUGAGGGACAGUUGGCAACCCUAAGACCAUGGACACACAGAUCAUACCUUUCAUUUCUUUUUCCUGCAGGGAAGGGCAUAUUAGAGAACAUACUGCUUGAGAAACCUACUCCCCUGAUAUCAAUCCCAUGUACUAUGAGUUCUGUGACAGUAUCUGCCUUCUUUUCUUUCCCUCCCCUGCCUAAACAAAAAAAAAAACCAAACAAACCUCUCUUCGUUCUCAAAAAGAAAAUAUUAGGAAACAUUGUUUUAAAAAAAACAAAACACCUGUCCUCUUUGGAAUCUCUGAUAUCCACUGCCUGUCUUUCUGCUGGGGCAGUAAAUUGUCACACAUGCGCACACACCAAAAAGAAAAAAAAGCCAAAGAACGUAUUAUCCAUUCUCCCCCGCCCCUUCACUAUUCUUUCCCCAGAGCCCCCUGUUCCUUCAUAUACACACCUCUUCUCCUUCCACCCCCACGUUUGCAUGUCAUUGAAAUGUCCAAACUUGUAAUGAAAAAAAUGAAAAUGUGAAUACACAGGUUUCUAUGAUGAUCAUUCCAUCACAUCUUUCAGAGGGGAGGGGGCUGUGGGGGCAAGUUAGAAGCCAUAUCCCCCUCCCCUGCAACCUGGGAACAAGUUUUUAAAAAAAAUUCAAAAUGAAUGCUUCAAUGAGAAAAAUAAAAGGUGCUUUAUUUUGAAACAAGUUCUGAUUUUACUAA